AUGCUUGAUUACAUGAAACUUGACUCUAUUCUGUUUCCUGAUGUACCAAUUGCGCACCGAUUGUCCAGUCAUCUUCUUCUGGGAGUGGUGAGGAUAUAUUCUAGAAAAGUGAAUUACCUAUUUGAUGAUUGCAGUGAAGCCUUGCUUAAGAUAAAGCAAGCGUUUCGUUCCACUGCAGUUGAUUUACCACCCGAAGAAUCCACUGCACCCUACCAUUCAAUCACUUUGCCUGAGACUUUUGAUCUUGAUGAUUUUGAGCUGCCUGACAAUGAGGUUUUUCAGGGUAACUACGUUGAUCAUCACAUUAGCUCAAGAGAGCAGAUUAAUCUUCAAGAUACCACGGAUGGUGUGGUUUACUCCACGUCACAAUUUGGAUUAGAUGAGCGGUUUGGCGAUGGGGAUACUUCUCAGAUUGGUCUCCUUGAUUAG